AUGAACUUUCCCGCUCCUCCAUCAACCACUGGCGAUCUCCCCCUCAACCCGAUCUCCAACGCGUCUAGUCCAGCUGCCCAACAUUUCAGUCAGCAGCAGUACCAAACCCAGCAGCAACAGCAACAUCAGCAGCCGCAGCUCCAAUUCGCUAUAUCGCGCCAGCAACAGCAACAGCAGCCCCAACCACAGUACCACCCGGCGCCGCCAAAUCCAUCUUACGCCGCACCGAGCCCCCUCACACCCGCCCAGCAAGCCCUCGCCCACGCACAAUACCAGCAGCUCGUCCUCAUGAACGGAAUGAACGGCGGCAACAUGCCUGCUGGCAUGGGCGGCGUGCCCACCCCGGCAGGUCAGCAGGCCGAGCUGAACUACAUCUACGGCAUGGUCGAGGAGCUGAGUCGGCAGCUCGCGGAGAACCGUCGCGUGACUGAGGAUAUUGUCUCUGGUCUCGGCAGGGUACGCAGCCGCGCAAGGACUCAAGGCGUAAACAACGAUGAUCUGAUUCACAAUGCCGCCGACGACAUCAACGCUCAAGAACAGAACCUCGAUACGCUGAUAUCUAUCCUGUCCGAAUCACUCGAAAAGGCCAAGUACAGCCGAGACGCCAAUGCCACCCUCCUCGCACAAUACGCCACUGUACUCGCCGCGAUGCUCAAGCAAUUCCACGAAUACAAGGCGAAGCACGUCACCGACGUUGCCGCGUGGCACCGAUCCUACCGCUCCCAGCUCGCCGAAGCACGCGCUGAAAACAGCAGGUUGCGGGAGCAGAUCUGGGAGAUGCAAGAGCGCGCCGGCAAGGCCAACGAGCUGCUGCGCACGUUCCGCCGCAAGUACGAUGAGGACGAGACUAGGUGGGACCGGCGCGUUGAGGAUGUUGCCGCGCGCCAGGAGCUGCGAUUUUGGAAACGGAUGGCCAUGCCUGAGGUCGGCGAUGAGGAUCCUUGCUGGAGUGACGACGACGAUCUCAUUGACCCCGCCGAGAAGGAGCGUCUAAAGGAGUUGGAGCAGAAGGCUGCCCAAGACCAGCUCGCCGGAAGCCAGCAGAUGGGUGACGAGUACUCACGACCCCAGUCCCCCGAGUCAAGCAUGAUGGGCGGUGUACCGAUGCAGAGAGAUCUGGGGAUUCCCAUGGGCAUGCCAGUGCCCCCGCCGCGGCCCUCGAGUGCGACUUCAAGCACAGGCUCUUCUGGUCAAUGA